UAUCGCGAUAGUCUCUCUCUCCCACGCGCCGACGACUUCGUUGUUCGUCCUUAUAUUUGUUCUGUUUUGGAACACUAUUGUUGUGCGCAAGACCUGUUUGAAUCCGAGCAGUCUUCUAUACACAGUGAAUGAAUUUUAUGAACAGUGAAUACGAUGUGACUAGCGUUGAGCAGUGCAAGUCCUACGAUUGUGUGUGUGCGUGUUGACAUAAGUGUGUGAUAUGUUGUCCGGUGCGGUAAGUGAAAAUGAUCUGGCCAAUGUGUACGCGGCUCGCCGUCCGCGCAACUCCUGUCUACCGAUGUUCUUCCACUAUCGUCGCCCUCGACUGCGUCGUUGGGGUAGUUACGGCUCCUGGACACCUGUGGGAGCGGAGGGAGAGCAGGUGGAUGUCCGCUGUGCCCUGGUGGGUCCUGCAGAGAACUACACCAAACGGAAACACGUGCUGCGGGUCAACACAUUAGCAGGAUCCGAACUGCUGCUACAAGCCGCCGAUGCAGGACAGAUGGCUCGGUGGAUCGAGGCUCUAGAAGAGCAGGCCAACAAUAACAACAGUCAGAAUCUGAGUGGUACCAGUCUAUCUCCGGCCUCUGCGCAGAAAGGUCUGCGUAAACUGACGAGUCUGCGGAACAGAUCACCCACUGGCCAGUCGCCUGUGAAUAAAAACUCGCAAGCCCAGUCAGCAAG